ACACUGGACUCAGAAGGAGGUUUGUUUACAACAGCAGGAGAAGAAAGAUGAAAUUAAUUCAUGACCCCACCCCUUGUCUUCUCCACCUGCUGCUAUUGGCCGAGCUGUUCGUCCAUUCAUCAUGUCGCCCCACCCGCAGUUACUCCCUCUGCGGCACGUACGGGUCAAUGAUCCCUCAGGUGGAGAGCCUGGUGAACUCCUCCAAAAAACUCCAUGACCUGUCAGGCGAUGAACUCCUAAACUUAGCUGCUGCAGAAAACAGACUUCAUGGUCUUCCUCACAUGCAACACACGGUUGCACAUCUCAAUGCACUGAAGGUUAACGAGUCCCUUUCCCUGCUCUAUGUGUACACUGAGGCCUUUCGGCUGCAUGUUGACUGGCUGAAAACAGCCCAGGAAAACUUCAGUUUGCCCUCCCAGGCAGCUGAGGGCGCCAGCGCUCACCUCCUGAAGCUGUCCAACCUCCUCAACACAUCUCUUCAACAGAUGAGCGAAGAGGUUCCUCAGUCCCCGCCUCCCUCCCUCCCUGUCGUCUCCACGGCCUUCGACGUGCUCCAGUUCUCCGUUGAGAUCUCCGAACGGUUAAAGGUCUUCUGCAUCUGGUCAAAAAGAGUGUUACUAAAGCUCCAAAAAUCACCCCACUGCCCCAGACAUUAAGAGGCUGCCUCCGAGUGUUAAGUUCUUCCUUCAAAACCACUGUCAACCUAUAUGCUUUUGGACUUUCAGCCGUGCUAGCAGCACGGCCCUGGGGAUGGCAAUGUCAGUGGGUCGGUCCCCUUGGUCCACCACUUUGAUCCGGACAUACAUAUCUCAACAACUAUUGGUAGCGUCGCCUUGAAAUUUGGAACAGAUGAACGAUACAUUGUGCUCGGAGGAUGCACUUUAAUGACGCUGGUGAGCCCUUGACUUUUCCUGUGGUGCUACAGCAGCACGUAAGUCUUCAAUUAUACCUGCCAUAUUUCAAUGUCUGGCGGAUGGAUUGGCACAAAAUUUGGCACAGACAUUUUAAGGUCCCCAGAUGAUGAACCCUGCCGACUUUGGUGAUCCCCCUCCGGCGCCACCAGGUUGGCGUGUGGUUUUAACUGAAGCAUCUCAACAACUAUCCGGUGUACUGUUGUGACAUUUGGUACAGAUAUUUAUGCCCACCGUUGGGGUGAAUUGUAAUAACUUUGAUGAUCCUCUGACUUU